UAAAACACCUCGUUUGGAGGUUCUGCAGCUGGUUAGGGCUCGAGAACACAUGGACUGAUUAAGCGACGUUUAAGCAUAAUCAGAUGGAGCUAGACAAUUAAUAUCAACGAGAAAAAUUAAUUUCAUCUACAAACUCAAUAUUCUCUCCCAGUCUUUUCAAUAGUUCAAGAACUUUGAGAGUUCGAAUUGUGAUUUUACGAACUUGUGAGCUAUUUUUCCUGUUGUUAAGUGUCACAUGAAUUAUAAAUCGCUUGUGUAUUAGAGUGUUGAAAUGUUGUAAACUGACUACGUCAUACAUCAUGUUUUUCAAAUUAUUUUUUUUUCUAGCGACUAAAUACACUUAGACAACACCUAAAAAAGAUUAACCGAUGGACAAGACCCCAACACCCACCGUACAACUAUCUCCCAUACCCUAGCUUAGUAUUAAUAAGUUGAUUGGUACAUGCAAAACUAGCCAUGUUACUUAGAAAGACCCAUCAAUUUCCCCCCUCUCAAGUCGUCUUCAGUCUACACCACGUUGUGGGUUUGUGAUGAACAAGUCAAGUGGGAAUCCCAAAGUUAGACAACUACCAAACCAAUCCAACCAAACCCAACAAUUACGCUGCAAAAUUCACUUACCCCCAUUAUUCUUCCCACCAUAUGCUAACAUUGCUAUGUGCACUACAGUUAAAACCCUUGCUACAUUGCUACAUUCAAUGUGAAGGCACAUUGGUGGAGAGAUCAAACCAUUUUGAUUGGAGCGUCGAUUGAGAAUUCAUGUCAUUGCAUAAAUAAGGGUUGAUCGAAUGGUAUUAUCAUUGAUCUUUAACUUGGAGGUCAUACCAUCAAUUUUAAAAAAUAAAUACAUCUCACGCUUAUAUAUAAAAAGGAGAAUUCAUCUCCUCGUUGUUGGGCUGAGUAACAGCAACAAAUAUAUUAUAGGCAUCUCGUAAUUCAUCUUCUAAAUGCUACUCGGAAGAAAAUUUUUACUCAAAUACAAUUGAUCCAAACAAUGAUUAUACACACACAUGCGAAAUUCAUAUAAAAAACUCUUAAACUAUGUCUUAACACAUCCAUUCGUAACAUGUGAGUUAUCAACCCUUCACAACGUUCUCAUGAAAGGUACAUGACGCGUUCACGAUCAUUACAUUCACUAAUCACAGUUGUACUUAGUAUUUUAAUUAUUUGACUGUUCAAGAGUUCCUCAAUUAAUAAGAACUGAAAAAUUCACUUCUAGACUGAAGGAAAUGCACAACCAACUAACUUCAAAACCUUACCUCACUUCAAAGGACCACAAAUGAGGUAGAGAGGGGGGAUAGAUGAACAGAAAAAGUUCCACAAAAGAGCAAUACAAACUUUCAAAAUUUCCCACAACCUAAUAUUCAACUUCCCUCACAUGGACUAUUGUCACUCUCAUACUCCAACCACCAUCCAAAUUUCCCCAUAUACCUCUCAAACACUACCCCCACUACUUUUGUCCAACCACAAUAUUAAAUCUUCCCCCUCCCCUCGCUCCCUUCUUCUUCCUCCCCUUUCCUCCAUUCUUAUCCCCUCCUCCUUCCUUUAUAUACCUACACAUUACUUGUACUUCCCAAAAGGACCACUCCCCUCAGAAACCCAAAAACCACAAAAGCAGAAGCAAAAUGGAUUGGCUCUCAUGGCUGUCCAAAACCACCCUCGACCCAUCUCUGGUCUGCGAAUACGGCCUCACCUUCGAGCAGAACCAGCUCGAAGCAGACGAUUUGCCCUACUUCAACCACGAAUUCCUCCAGAGCAUGGGGAUUUCAGUGGCCAAGCACCGCCUGGAGAUUCUCAAGCUGGCCAGCAAAGAAACCGGUCCGACCAGAGGCUCGGCCAGCACUAAUGGGUUCUCCAAAUUGGUAUCCGCAAUUGCCCGGACGAGGAAGAGCAUCAGGAAGCGCAUUUCCAAAUUGGUCUCCCCCUCCGGCGAACGGGAAGAAAGGGCACCACCCGCCGUGCCGGAGCUGGAGUGGAGGGCGGCGGCGGCGGCGUUGACUCCGCCGCCGCAGCUGCCGGUGCUGAAGAGGAGGCAGGCGAAAUCCGGGCCAUUGGAUUUCAAGAGGGUUCAGCAGGAAGGGCUGGUGUACUCCAAGUCGAAGAGCAGCCUGAAGCUGUCUGGGCCGCUGGACGGGAAGGCCCACGAAAGGCUGGUGUUUGCUUACCGGAGCCCGAAGAUUUGCGCGACUCCGCCGGCGGAUGGGGUUCUGUUGGGCCAGGUGAGCCCGAGGAUGGGCGUGGCGAGGCCCAUGGAGGCGAGGCGGUCCAGCCCAAUGGUUCGGAGUGGGAAUGGGACUCCUAGAGGUGGGAGGAAUUACUACGGUGGUGGUGACGUGGAGUUUGAUGAGCAAUCACUAUGGACUGCCCUUUUUCAGGACAUGAAACCCACUUGAGGGACAUAAAUCCCUCUUUUAGGUUGGUUGUGUAGUAAGUAUAAUUUUAUAAUGUGUGUGUUUGUAUUCUUCUUAUUACUACUACUACUACUCUUAAUAGGACUUUUGGUUGGUUCCCAAUUGUGUGUCCACCAAACCUUGAAAACAAUGUAAUUCGAUUCGAGUAGGUUAAAGUUACUAGAACGGUGAAACUCUUCUUAAUCAAGUAUAUAUGGUUGCGUUCUCAAAUAUCAAACUUUUGGCUUGAGUGUGCGCCCGUGAGCUCAUUUGGUACGUUUGAUGGAUCAAGAUUUUGGUUUGAAUAUAGACCUUAGAGGUUU